AUGCCGGUGCCCCAGCAGCCAGUGAUGAUCCUCCAGCAGUUUCCCAGGACCGUGGCUGCCCUGGCUCCCCCCGCCGGACCCUCGCACAUCCGGGGAGAUUUAAUCGAGUUGAUGAUGAUUCAAAACUCCCAAAUGCACCAGGUGGUGAUGAACAGCCUGGCUGUGUCGGCACUGACGUCCUUCGGGUUCGGGCCAUCCCCAGCUGCUGCCCAGGCGAUGGCGGUGCCUUUGCAGACCGGAGAGGAAGAGGAGGCUGUGGUUUUCCACCAUCACUACAUCCCCUACCCCGGUCCUGUCGUGGCACGGCCGUUCCGGGAGUGGGGUCGGGGGCCGGCGGCCAUGCGAUACCUGGGCACAGGCUCAUUAGCCGAGGAUGGGGAGGUUGCGGUGCCCCCCCCUCCACCCCCCAGCACCACAGAGACAGUGGGAGCCAGCGUCCCACCAGCAUCGGAGUACUACGACGUGGUGGAGGAGAGGCUGUGA